CCAUUAAACGAACCAAAAACAAAAAAAUUAUUUCUUUUUGUUUCAACUUUCUAUACUUUUUUUUAUUAUUUUUAUUUAAAACCAGAAAUCUAUUCUGCCAAAACUUUUAUUAAAGUCUUCCUACACCCACAAAAGUUUUUUUUGCUUCCUCUUCUUCCUAAAAAACUUCAAAAACUUAAACAUGGAUCAACUAUUUGUCGAAAUCGAAUUGAUCAACAGAGAUAACCAAACCGAAAUAUACACCACCGUGCACUCGUUCAUUGCCCUGUAUGUCUACAAGUACCUGAACUCUCCCAGCAAUAUCAAACUCAAUUAUGUCAAGACAUACUUCCACCAACAUGCUAAAAUAAGACUUAACACUGAAGCUCUCAACGAGCUCAACGACGAUAGAAUUAUUUGUAAGAAUAAAAGUACAAUUCAAGCAAUUAGGGAUCUCAAAUUACCUGCUUAUGUCAAGGACAAGAACACUUUCAUUUCUGGAUUGUGUGCUGUGUGCAGGGAAGUUGUUGACCGCAAUGUCGAUUCCGAUCGAAGAGAAUUGCUGGGCUUUAAACAGAGUUGUCUGUUGGCACCAGCAGAGAGUUCGAUAUGGACACGUUUUUGUGAGGUUAAUAUUCUGCAAGCUCUGGAGGAGGUUCUUUUGGGAACGACGACGACGAGCACAGAGUCGAAAGUAUACGAACUGCCACAGGAAUUACCCAGAUUUGAGGCUCAUAUGGGUGAGCCUGUGCGAAUGCAUAACAUUUACAAGUUGGCCAGGGAGAAUGCCAAUAAGAAGAAAGAGAAAAAGGGUAAAGUUAUUAUUGAAUGCACAACACCAAAGGAAACUCUGGGCAUCGAGCAUCGAUUUGCCGAGGGGAUCACAUUUACAAUUGCCGAUUUGUUGCUCUAUCCAUGCUUCAGACUGAUUUUAGGACAAAUGCCAGUUAGUUUAGUGACGGCGGAUGAAUUGCCUCGGAUUCAUCGGUGGAUGAAGGAGAUUGAAUCCACAGACGAACAAUGUCAGCAAGUUUUGGAGGAACUAUACCCUGAGAUUAACAUAUCAAAGAAAACGCAUACAUCGUACAAAAUGCCCGAGUACGAGCACACAAGUUUGUACAAGAGCGAUCCGAAACGCUACAAACCCCGCAAUAGAAUCUUCACCGAGCAGAGUGAAAUCGAUUCGAGUUUGGAGAAACUGUCGCCGCUCCAAAUCGAGUUCUCGAGCGACACCGAUGUUGCUUACGAUAUGCCAAUCGAUUGGAAUGCCAUCGAGCCAGACCAAAGUAAAACUAGUGCGCUGCCUGAAGAGCGGCUGGAUAGAAAACGAAAGCAACUGGAGAAUGUAGCGAAUGCUGUCAAAUCUCUGGCUGAAGAUGGCGAUAGAAUUAUAGACUUUUGCAGUGGAACUGGUCAUUUGGGUAUUUUGUUGGCCCUAACACUGCCCAAGUGUUCGGUAAUAUUUCUCGAGAACAAAGCAAUAUCACUGCAAAAGGCCAAAACCCGAGCUGAAGAGUUGGGUCUAACUAACUGUCUCUUCUAUCAAUGCAACAUUGACUAUUUCGAGGGUAUCUUUGAUAUUGGGACAUCUUUGCAUGCGUGUGGGACAGCCACUGAUAUUGUCCUGAAUCAGUGCAUUCGGAGCAGGGCUAAAUUUGUUUGUUGUCCGUGUUGUUAUGGAUCGAUUCAGCCAAUGCCACACAUAAAGUAUCCUUUGAGCAAGAGAUUUCAAUCGGCAUUGAGCGAAAGAGAUUUUUUGCACAUAGCUCAUGCUGCAGAUCAAGCUCACGAAUUGGGAACAUUGAAUUGUAAGCCAGAGACAACGUUCCAAGGGCAAAUGUGUAUGGACAUUGUUGAUUCGGAUAGGAAACUUCAUGCCGAAGAAGCUGGCUAUGAGGUGAUAUUGACACGAUUACGUCCUGAGAAUUGUACACCGAAGAAUAGAUUACUUGUUGGAGUGAUAUGAUUGUGGAAAUAAACUUAAUAAACGAUAUUAA